UAUUUACAUUUUCUAUGUCAUGUGACCUGCCAGGAGUCUGGGGAUUUCAAUGGGGCAUAUUGCUGGAAUCUCCGUUUGAAUAAGGAAGCAUCUUUCGAAGAAAGUCAUGUCGUCACUAGAUGUUUGUGUGAGGAAUCCAGUAACACACAAUACCUGGGACAAUGGACGAUAUAUUACAUAUGAAAUUGCUAUCAAAACUUCCAACUGUGCAUUUAGCUUGUCUGAAUCUCUUAACCGGAGACGAUAUUCAGAAUUUGAAUGGCUAAGGAAGAGGCUACGGCGUCACCAUCCAUUACUGAAACCACCGCCACUGCCACCAAAGAAAAUCUUCGGGGAUCGGUUUGAUACAGAGUUUGUAGCGUUCAGAAUGAAGGGACUGGAGAAAUUCCUCAUCAAAUUACUGGAGGUUAAGAUGUUCAUGUCGGACGCGUUGCUGCACCUGUUUAUACAGUCAGACCUGACCUGUAAGGAUAUUGAUGAUGUAAUGGAGGGUAAAUUGGCUCCUGACGUUAUAGAACACUUAUGGCAGAGUGGAGGAAUCAAGGAAAACUGCAGAGAUUUCAACAAGAAUGCUGUAAUGGAGCCCAAGUCAGACACGAGGCCACUGGACGUAUCGAAUGACAACAACAGCGUGACUAGUGAGAGUAGCGUGGAAUACUUCACCGAUAGCAACAGCUCUUCAGUGACGGAGGAGGAAUUUGGUUCAUUUCCACCACUCUCCAUGGUGCUGAGUGCAAGGGAUUCUCCAACUAGUCUGGUGACAAACAAUGCAGGGGAAACUUCAAACGGGAAAGACAACCAAAACAAUUUGGAAACUGGAAUUUUAGUAGAUAAAACUGUUACUAUGGAAACAAAGAAUUCAAAACAUAAAAAUGAGUUAAAAUGUGAUGAAAACCAGAGUAAAGGAGACUUAUUAUCUGAUUCAGAUAUAGAAGUAUUAAGUAAUGCGAUGGAGAGUGACUGUGAGUAUGAAAUGGCAAGUGAACAGACCACACGAUGUAUUAAAGGAUCGGUUAGCCCGAAGCCGGGUAAAGUUCCUAAACAGGUGGACUUGAAUUACGUAGUUAACGUCAGCAUUAAUGGUGAUUUAUCUUGACGAUUCUGCUGUUAGCUUUAUGAAACGUACAUAAAGUCACAGACAACCUUCUGGUAUAUAUAUAGCUAUAGCCUGAAGCUGGGUUAAGUUUCUAAACAGAUGGACCGGAGUUACGCUGUUAACUUCAGCAUAAAUGGUGGUUUAUCUUGACGAUUCUGCUGUUAGUUUUAUGUAAUAUACAUAAAGUCACAGACUAUUUUCCGGUUUGAGACCUUGAAGACAAACUUUUUCCUAAACUACACCGAAUGGAUGUUGGUUCUUUGGAUUUUCCCCACUUUUAUUUACUUCCGCUAUGAAAGUAAAGUUAUACCCUGUAUUGGUGAACUUGUACCACAUGAUAUUAACACGUUAUGAUUACCUAUAGCUACCACACAUUGUUCAACUGAUACAACUCAUGUAAAAAUGUUAAAAUGAUAUACCGGUUAGAUAUCAUAAGUCAGGUAGUAUUUACACACUAGUAGAUUAUUUAUAUGCACUGUGAAAUUUUA